UAAUUCCAGGAAACCUCAUGAGAAGAUCCUGUCACAGGACAGCAGCUGGCAAGCAAGAGGUAACGUGAGUCUGCAGCACGUCUGCUCCAGUGAAGGUCUCCAGGCUGCGACAGAAAAGAAGCUGCGCAAGGGGAAGGCGAAGCGGCAGAUAUUUCGCAAUGAACAUGCUGUUUCCCAGCACAGGAAGAGACAGCCCUGCUUGCUGGAGCUGGCCCAGUGGGAUGGUGCAUGAUGGGGCUUGGCAGCGUGGGCUGAUGGGGCAGGCUGCCUCACAUGAGGAAGACUACAACUGGACUGACUGUGAAGCCGACAGUUUGAGCGAAGUCCCUGCUGCGCUGCUCAUCUGCCUCUGCGGGCUGGUGGGCAAUGGGGCUGUCCUCUGGCUCCUCGGCUCCCACAUCUGCAGGAACCCCAUCACUGUCUAUGUCUUCAACUUGGCCAUCGCUGACUUCACCUUCCUCCUCUCCAUUGCCAUCGCCCUUGUGAUAUUUUAUGGACCACCGAGCUUUUGUCACAGGCUGGGCUCAUGGGAUGUGAUGGCUAUGUUGAACAUCAUCAUCAUCUUCGUUUUCACCACCAGCGUCUACCUUCUGGCAGCCUUCGGUGCCAGCACGUCCCUGUCUGCCCUUUCCCGGGCCUGCUGGCCCUGCUAUCGCUCCUGGCACUUGCCAGCACUUGUGUGCGCCCUGCUCUGGGCCCUCUCCUUCUUGCUUACCGCGACUCUCUACUUCUCCCCAGUGGCACUUGUCAUCUUCGUCCUGAGCUACCUGUUGUCGGUGCUUAUCCUGAUUCUUUCCAGUCUAACUCUUUUUGCCAAGGUCUUGUGCUGUUCAUGGCAAUAUCCCCUGAGGAAGCUCUGUGUUGUGGUUCUGUUCAUUGUCAUCUCCUUCCUCUUCUUCAAUGCUGACUUUCCUUACUGGCUUUUGCUAAGAUUGUUUGAUUUUUCAGUUCUCUUCUUUGACACUCCUCUCCUGUUUGCCUGUGUGAGCAGCAGUAUCAACCCUGUUAUUUAUUUCCUGGCAGGGAGCUGUACAAAGAAGUUCCCUAUCUCUGCUAGGCUGGCUUGUCAGAGGGCUUUUGAAGACAUCAUAGAGCCUGAAAACAGAAGCGAAACUCCCAGAGAAGGCUCAGUGGAAGUAGAUGUUUAACCCUCUCCAGUCCCUCCCUGGGAGGAGAUGCUCUAGGGAUGGAGGUGUCCCGUGAGACAGGGUGAGGCAAGAACAAUGGCUUUGGUGGUGUGCAGAACUAGCUGCAAGACAACAAAGUGUGCUGGGCAGCACAGGAACCUAUGCUUGGGGUUGGCGCUGGGCAGGUGGUGAAACACCCAUCAAAACCUUUUACUUUGAAAUCUUUGCUUUGAAUCUGUCCUAUCUAACAGGCCUGAGCCAUUCCUUCUUCAAAAGUGAGCUUGCUCUAGCCAGUGUGCUAUUAAAGCAAAGCCAUGGAGGCUCUUAGCUCCUGCUGGUGCUUUGUUUUGGUGUGUCUGCUGAAGAGCUGAGAGCUUCUGGAUGCAAGAGUCUGGCAAAGCAGGGCAGAAUAAUGCCUGGGCAAAGCUUUGUGUGUGCACCCCUAGCGGGUGUGGAUACAUGCAAAGACUAUGCAAAGAACUCCCAUUCAGCUUUGUGAACAGGGAAGUAGGCAUGUGUGUGAGAUCAUCCCCAGAAGGCUUUCCCCAAAAUGCAAUGCUUCUUCUGGCAGCAAGGCUGCAAAUUGAGUUUUGUCCAUGCCUCAUGUGGGCCGUCUGCACGCAAUGGUUUGGACUGGAACUGGCUCUUGCAGUCCUUCCCGCUCUCCUCUGGGCUGUCAGAUGGUUAGCCUGAGCCAUUUUGCAACCACAACCUGAGGACUGUAUCCACUUCUGGUGUGUCUGGUCCUUCUCCAGAAAAACAAGAGGAGUAGCAUUAGGAUCAAAAACAAACUGAAAAGGACAGUUCUGCUUGGAGACUCUGUGAAGUCUGGAUUUUCAGUGUGACAGAGGAUACUGGGAGAUGGAAGGAAAACAAUUAACUUUUUAUGGAAACGACCCUGCUGAAGCUGUGAGAACUGAAUCCUGGUAGCAGGGACCGUCCAGGUGAAAGGGGCAGUGGCAGUGCUUCCUUGGCUCCUCUUCCCUUGGGUGCAUUCCUGCCCUCCACAUCUGUCAGCCCGUCCUACGAGGAGCUGGGGUCUGGAAUGAAAAUCGGUCACUUGGUGCUCCCUGUGUGCUCAGCUGUUCCCAGGAAGAGCUUCCAGCUCUAAUGUGGUGGUGGAGCUGAACUGCAGACUUCUUGCAGGCAGCUUCUUCUCUGCUACCUGCAGCAUUCUGGGCAGAUGCUGUUGGCUGCCCAGGGCCCUCGCAACGUGAAUGGGGAGGUCUUGUCACUGCCAACAGCUGCUGCAUCCCAGCUGUUCCAAUGAUGUUCCAGCUGCAGUAGGAUGAGGCACAGCAUGCUUGGGAGGCACCCGUGAUCCCCAUGGACAAACCAGGGGCUUUGGAAUGAAAGGGAAUGAGCAGUGUUGUAGGAAAGACAAGCCAGCCCUUCUCUGGGCUCAGCAGUGACAACCUGUGAAGCAAUGCCUGUGCAUGCAGGGUGCAUGCUCCUGCAGGCUGCUCGAUGCAUCAUACCAGAUCCUCCAUCUCCUCCAGGCAAAAGCUUCAGAACUAAUUAAAGCCUUCUUUUUUUAAAAUCAGGUGCACCUACACUCUCAGCUGUGCUGAGGUGGAGAGAUAUUUGUGUGAGCUGGGGGCUGAGCCAGCUCUGAGGCCCUAUGUGCAGCCACCAAAUAAACAUGAACACCUUCAGAGGUUCAUUCACCACACCUGCAGGAAGACACAGGCUAGAGCAUCUGCUUGCAUCACUGUCUCUUUGAUGAGACUGUGGGACAACACUAGAGAAGCAAACUCGAAAGAGGUGCCCCCUUCUCUCUGGGCCCACUAACUCCACCUUCCAUGUGCACAGCUGGUCACAGGAGCCCUGCCUGGAGCUGAUGAGGUCAAUAUUUAGCAGUAGUGCCUUCCCAUGGGAUUGUCAAUUAAAACACUUCUGCCUUUCCAUGCUGACAGCAGUGUGAACAGCUCCACCUGCUUCAGGGUGCAAACCAAGGGUUCAGGGCUGGAGUUGUCUUGGCACAUGAAAGCCAAGGAUGUGAGGAUGGCCACAUCCCCUCCUGUCAGAUCACUUGCAGCCAUUGUGUGUUUUAAAUUCCUUCCCUGAAGUUGAAACCCUGCAUAAGUUUGAAAAUAAUUAAUUGCAAAAUGGUUCUUGGAAGCUUCCAAACACAUUCUCCACCUACCAAGACUACAUCACCCAUUUCAGGUAGAGAUAGAUGCCAGUCUCCGUAACAGAGACUGACAGAGGGAAAGAGUAAUGGGGGCAGAGAUACCUCUAAGAUAUUCCUAGAGAGAAAGCAUUAGACAGAAGACAGUGUGUGAGACUGAGGUGGGGAGAACAGGCAAAAAAUAAAGGGGAAGUGCCAGAAAAAUUUGGGAAUAAAGACUGGGUAUGCUGGGCCAGCUCUGCCAGCAGCCCUGGAGCCAUGAUCCACACCUUGCACCUGCCCCCCGUGGCACCUGCCCCAGGUGUGUGGGGAAUUGCUGCUGGUGCUGUGCAGGAUCCAUCCCAGUGCAGGACGUGUCCCUGUGCUGGAUGUGUCCCAGUGCUGAAUGUGUCCCAGUGCUGGAUGAGUCACUGCAGCCAGCCAAGUUCCCAGAGCUCCUGUUCCUGCUCAGGGAAACGCACCUGGGUCACCUGGUCCGCGAGGGGGAUUUUGGUGGGGCUGCAUUGCCAGCGAGCCUCUCCUCACCAGUGUGUCCUGCAUGUACCUGAGAGUAGGCGAGAAGGAGGAAUGAGUGAGGGAGAAAAAGAGGACAGCAUCCAGCAGUGCUCUUCCUAAUGCGUGACAGGGCAAUACCCUGUCCAGCCUGGAGCAUGAAGAUUGUUAAAGGGACCUCUCUGUGGAAUCUUUUCAUGUUUUAUUGAAACCAUUGCCAAGUUAGUCUUGUAUUUUCUUUGACCAUAUUUCAGGAAGAAAACAUCACAGGAAGUAUGAAAUGUACAAAAAGAACUAUUAUUAUUAUUAUUAUUAUUAUCAUCAUCAUCAUCAUCAUCAUUAUUUUAAUGUUAUGAAAAAAAGAGUGUUAAAGAUGCUAUAAAGAAAACAGAUAACCAGC